AUGUUUAUUGGCAUUACAGGAUCACAAAGUAGCGGUAAACAUACCAUUGCUCAAUAUCUUGUAGAGCAACACCACUUUCAACUGUUGACUUUAUCUUCUUUUACAAAUACUGCUGGACGCGAACACCUCUACUCAAAUGCCAUUCAGUUUGAAAAUGUCAAUAAGAUGCAACGUUAUGUCACGGAACGUUGGCAAGAAGACUUUGUCACUUGUGAUGUUGAUAGUAGAGAGCUUUGGACUCUAAAAAAACGACCUUUUUUUCUAUUAAUAUCCGUUGAAGCACCUGUUACAUUAAGAUAUAAACGUUGGAUUGAAAGAUGUCAAAUUGAAGACAGACCACCUGCUGAUUUAGAGACAUUCUUAAUAAAAGAUGAUCGCGACUUGUACAACAUCUCAGAAAAAGAUCAACAUGAAAUUAACACUAUAACACCGCUUCAUAACAUUAUGAUUGCAUCUGAUUUAGUCAUCACAAAUAUAUACUCGGAUAAAAGUAGUUUAUAUAAAGAAUUGAAGCGACGCAAUUUGACAGAUAAAGAACGUCUUCGUCCCUCAUGGGAUACUUAUUUUAUGCAAUUAUCCGAUUUAGCAGCCCGUAGAUCGAAUUGCAUGAAACGUCGCGUAGGAUGUAUUCUUGUAAAAGAUUCUAGAGUGAUUGCAACGGGAUAUAAUGGCACACCUCGUGGAUUGCGUAACUGUAACGAGGGAGGUUGUGGACGAUGUAAUGAAGGAGCACCCUGUGGAACUGGAUUAGAUCGAUGUUUAUGUAUGCAUGCAGAAGAGAAUGCAUUGUUAGAGGCAGGUCGUGGAAGUAAUGUGGCAUUAGAUAAUGGUGUUAUUCUUUAUUGUAAUACGUGUCCCUGUUUGGGAUGUGCUAUUAAGAUUAUUCAACAAGGAGUGAAAGAAGUUGUUUAUAGUUUAUCCUAUGGCAUGGAUCAAAUGACGGCUAAAGUGUUUGAGGAAGCUAAUGUGAAAUUAAGACAACAUAGUGCGCUUUCUAUGCCAGUUGAAUUACGUACAGGUAUAGAUGAGGAAGUCUUACUUUUAAAUUUAAAAUAA